AUGGAUGAGGAAGGAGAAUUAAGAAAACGUAAAUCACAAGAACAUAAAAAUGAUACAGAUAAUGAAGAAUUAUUUACACCUAUAUCAAAUAAAGGUUUUUCUGGUGAGGAAUCUGAUAGUGAUGGUGUUUUUACAACUGAAAAUGAUAAAAAAUUAAAUGACAUUGUUAAAAAGUUACCACAAGGAUCUGAUAAUAUGGGACAUAUUGUAGAUAGUAUUUUAUCAUAUUUUCCAGAAAGAUGGAGAAAUUGGAUAGUUCGUGGUAUUUUUACAAUUAUAAUGAUAUAUGGAUUUAAAUUUGUCAUACUUCGUGGACCAUUAUAUUUAAUAAUAUUAUAUGAUCUCCCCUGGUUUAGAACUUUAUCUUGGUACUUUUUACUUUGUAGUAAUUAUUUCUUUUUUGGAGAAAGUAUGAUUGAAGUUUUUAAAAUUAUUAUUCAAAAAGAUCAAUUUCUUAGAUUUCUAGUUGAUUACCAUCGUUUUAUAAGUUUUUGUCUUUAUUGUAUUGGUUUUGUAUGGUUUGUUUUAUCAUUAAGAAAAGGAUAUUAUUUAAGACAAUUUUCAUUAUUUGCUUGGACACAUGUUGCAUUAAUGUUAAUAGUUGUUCAGUCAUUCUUUAUUAUUGAAAAUAUUCUUCAAGGUGUUAUAUGGUUUUUGGUACCUGUAUCAAUGAUUAUAUGUUGUGAUGUUAUGUCAUAUAUGUUUGGAUUCUUUUUUGGAAAAACUCCAUUAAUUAAAUUAUCACCCAAAAAAACAUGGGAAGGAUUUAUUGGUGGAGCAAUUAGUACUGUUAUUUUUGGUCUUAUCUUUUCAUAUUUCUUAAUGAAAAGUCAUUAUAUGGUUUGUCCAUAUGAAGGAUAUGUUAAUGAUCCAGAUAAUUGUACAGUACCAUCAAGUUUCCUACCAAAAGAGGCUAAUGUCCCAAAACCAUUUAGUAUAAUAUUUAAAAUAUUUAAAGCAAAUCCAGUCAUUUAUUAUUAUCCAUUUUUGUUCCAUUCAUUAAUAUUGAGUUUAUUUGCCUCAAUAAUUGGACCAUUUGGAGGAUUUUUUGCAAGUGGAUUUAAAAGAGCAUUUAAAAUUAAAGAUUUUGGAGAUAUUAUACCAGGUCAUGGUGGUUUAAUGGAUCGUUUUGAUUGUCAAUUAUUAAUAGGAACAUUUGUACAUGUAUACAUUUUUACAUUUAUUAAAACAGCUAAUGUUGUAAAAAUUAUUGAAGAAAUUGAAAAAUUGAGCUUAGAAGAUAAAAUGAAAAUAUAUACUUUUAUAAAAGAUUCAAUACCUUCUUAA